UAGUGUAUUUACUUUGUAGACUCACAUUAAUUUGACAAUCGUGUCUUGAUUAGUUAAAUUCAAUUAAUUUAGUAUUUAUUUGUAGGUUUAUUGAUUUACCUUUGUUUAGUGAUUGUUCCCUAGAUUGAGAUUAAACAUGUUCUGGAGGUGGACUUUAUUUUGUGUCAUUGUCUUAUCAAAUUAUGUGACCGCCGGUGAUGAUGAUGUAUUAGAUUUAUCUAACAAUGAUUUGGAUGGAUUCAAGUCGGAAUUAGCUAAAUAUGAUACUGUCUUGGUUGAAUUUUUUGCUCCUUGGUGUGGUCAUUGUAAACGAUUGGCUCCAGAGUAUGCUAAAGCUGCCACUGCUUUACUUGCUAACGAUCCAGCCGUUCCUUUGGCUAAGGUUGAUUGUACCACAGACAAUGGUAAGGAAAUUUGUUCAACUCAUGGUGUUUCUGGUUAUCCAACUCUUAAAAUUUUCAAGGCUGGUGAAUUUGCUUCCGAGUAUAAUGGACCACGAGAAGCUGAUGGUAUUGUCAAAUAUAUGAGAAGUCAGGUUGGACCUGCUUCAAAAUCUUACACUUCUUUUGCCACCUUGAACGAUAAGUUGAAGGCUGCCAAAGAAGUGACCAUUGUCGGUAUUUUCAAGGGUGAAUCUGAUUCACUUGCUACUAAAUUCCAUAAGACUGCUGACAAAUUGAGAGAAUCAGUCAAUUUUGCUCAUAUCUAUUCUAGUUCAGCUUCCGAUGAUGUUGCUGCUCUUUCCGUUUUAUCCAAAUCUAAAGUUUCAGCCCCAGUUGUAGUCCUUGUCCGACCUUCAGCUCUUGCUAACAAAUUUGAAGACUCUGCUGUUGUGUGGGAUGAGAGUGGCUCUCUUGAAGAUUGGGUUAACACCAACUAUCAUGGUUUAGUCGGUCACCGAACUCAAUCUAAUAUGCAAGAUUUCAAACCUCCUCUUGUGGUUGUCUACUAUGACGUCGACUAUGUCAAGAACCCUAAAGGUACUAAUUAUUGGAGAAACCGAGUCCUUAAGGUUGCUCAAAAUUAUCCCAAAGUUAAAUUUGCCGUCGCUAAUUCAAAUCAAUUUGCUGGAGAAAUGGAAGAAUUUGGUUUGGAACAAGAUCGAUCAGGUCGUGAUGCUGUUCCUGUUGUUGCUGCUCGAGAUGCUGAGGGUAAGAAAUUUGUUCAAAAAGAGAAAUUCUCAAUAGAAAAUUUGGAAGCCUUUGUCAAAGAUUUCGUUGCCGGUAAACUUGAACCCCACCUUAAAUCUGAAGAGAUUCCCGAAGACAAUAAUGGUCCAGUUAAAGUUGCCGUUGGUAAAAACUUUGAUGAAUUAGUAACAAACAGCAAGAAAGAUGUUCUUGUUGAAUUUUAUGCCCCAUGGUGUGGACAUUGUAAAAAGCUUGCCCCUACUUACGAAGAUCUCGGUAAAGCCUUAGCCGAAGAGACAAGCGUUGAGAUUGUCAAAAUGGAUGCUACCGCUAAUGAUGUUCCAUCAACAUUUGAAGUUCAUGGAUUCCCAACAAUCUAUUGGUACCCAAGUGGAACCAAAUCACCAGUUAAGUACAAUGGCGGUCGAGAAGUAAACGAUUUCAUCGAAUACAUUGCCAAGCAUUCAACCGAAGAGCUCAAAACUUACACCCGAGACGGCAAGAAACGCAAAGAAGAGCUUUAAUCUUCAUUUUAGACUGAGAAUUAAACAAAAAAUUAACCAACAAUUAAAUCUAAAAAAAAUAAAUAAAUGAAACAUUUGAAUAAUUUUUGUUAUACCAAAUAAAGACUAACACACAUGUUUAGUUAAACUAAA